AUGGCGAACACCGGCUAUACCUCGCCCUUUCCCACCUCCCACGACACCAUUGGGCAGUCGACCCUGGUGACUCCUCUAUUUAUGCCAUCCUCACCUCCUCAGCAACCGCUUAGCCCAUUGGGAACCCCCGAUACCGCCCAGACACCCGCAACCGAGCGUGUCGCAAACAAAGGCGAACAGAACAGACAUAGCCCCAGUGACGAUGGGGACAAUCAUUCCAUGAAUGAUUUGGAUCAUGUUUCACGCCCACCAACCCCCGGAAGCCCGUCAGGCUCAGAGUUGGAUGCGCGCUUGGCCGAUUACACCUUGGAUUUUAGUAAUUUCCCUAGUGGCCAUUUUGCUAUAGAUGGAAACGAGGAUACCUUACCCCCCUUUCAUAAGGAGGCGGAUCAAUUGUCCGACGUGGCAGGACCAGAGGACUUCACUGCAAAUAUGGAAAAGUACUUGAUGGGUGAUCUGGAGGGCGAACAACACGAAGAUGCAGCAGUAGACUUUGGAUCCGUGCGACGAUCUUUCCAGAAGUCGAAACAACCUGCGAUCGAGGAGGCAGACUCAGUAGAGUACAGCGAAUUCGGCCCACCAGUUGACAUGUCGACCCCGUCACACCUCCUUAGACCCAACAAUCUCCCCAAGGACUCCACCCACCUCGAGGACAUCGAAGAAAAUUCCGACGACGAAGCCCCAGGGUCCGCAUCGCCUUCCGUGCGCAAAUUGUCCGACGCUUCGAGCCACCAGCCAGACGAAGAACAAGCUCUUCGACAACAGAUUGAACAGCUCCAACAGGCCCUGAGGGAACGGGACGACCAGCUCCAAAAAAACCGUAACCGUGUUCUUGAAGCUGUCUCUGCAGGCGAACAAAUUCGCCACCUCCAUAUUGAAAUGGAACGGAAGGAUAAGCUCUUAGAGCAAGCGCAUACCAAGAGUAGCGAGGACGCAGUGCUCCGUGAGCAGGUCCAAUCGCUUCAGAAGGAAAAUCACAAUCUUGAAAAGCUGUUGGAUCAGUCCCACGGCGAGAAGGACCUCAAUCCUCUACUUGAACAGAUCCACCACAUGCAACAGCAGCUACAAGACCGUGACUCGCAGAAAGGCAUGGACCAAGAGCGGCUGGAAACAAUCGCCCACUUGCGUCAGCAACUUGCCAUCUCACAGGAGCAAGUACGAAAGCGCGAUGAGACUCUCGACGAGACCAUGGCAAAGCUCAAGGAAGUGACAAAAUCCGAAGAAUCUAAGAACGCGCAGUUACAGCAAAAGAACUCGGAGAUCGACCAGCUGCAAGGCCAGAUUGAUGACUAUGGCCUGGAGAAUGAGAAGUUGGAGACGGAACUCGAGCGAGCCCACAAUGACUAUCAAGUCCUGGAGGAACGAUUCAUUGAUCUGGAAACCCGCAACAAGCCCCUCGAAGAGAAGAACUCGACACUCGAAGCCAACCUCACUCGCGUUCAGUCCCACAUGGAAGCCCAGGAAAGCGCUUUGAAGGCAGCAGCAGCAGACCUUCCGAUCAGCGGGCACAGUACCUACAGUGAAAUCCUCGACUUGAUCAAAGACUUAGGGCAUGGGGAUCCAGAAUCAGCACCCCAGUCCCCCUUCUUGAAGGACAAAUUCCCAGACUCUCAACCAUCCCUCCAUUCGCCUAAGCCCGAUGUUGCUAUGGUCCAGCAGAAAGAACUCGCCAGUUUACAGCAAGAACUCCAAGCAGCGCUUGCGACUCAAAAGGCCUCAGAUGCCGAAAUCAGCCGUCUAACAAGUGAAGCAUCCGAAUCUCAGACCCUGCUCAAGACAAUUGAAGCUGAGAACUCUCGCCUCACCAAUCGGGUUACCGAACUUACCACAUCUCUCAACAAGUCCCAAACCGACCUAACACGCUCGAAAGAAGAGCAUGCCGACUCCAUGGAAAUGAUCGCCAAGCUCCAAGAAGAGAAAAUCCUCGAACCAACCAAACCUCACUCCCCUCCAACCCAUGACUCGGCAUCCACCGCCCUCCUCGAAGCAAACCACCAAACUCAGCUCCGCUGCCUCCAAACUGCCCACUCAACAGCAGUCUCGACCCUUCGCGCCUCGCACGCAGAAUCAAUGCGCAAAAUCCGCCACCUCCUCACAGCAGCCGAGGAACGUGAAUCCACCCUACGUGAUGACCUCGCAACCCUCCGCUCAACAUCCGCAACUGCAGAGACUCAGCUUAAGAAAUCUUUCAAGACAGAACUUCGUCGUUUGGAGGCUGUCAUCGCUGCGAAGGAUGAGACUGCUGCUGCGGUUGAUCAGCGCAUUGCACUCUCUGUCGAUAAGCGUGAACGCGAGUGGGAGCGUCGUAUUGAUCUCCUUCUUAAGGAACGUGAUCGCAUGGCUAAGGCGCUUAUGGUUAGCUGGGGAGAGAAGGAGAUGGGACGUGGGUCUAGCUUGGCUGAGGGGAAGGAGAACAGACGCAGUGAGAAGGGUGGGCAGGCUUAUCGGUAUAAGUAUGCCACGAAGAAGACUAAGGGUGAUUCCAAGGCUUAG